UGCACCAGGUUCACUGGCAAAGACCAAGAGUCGGGCCUCGCGGACGCGGUCGGAAGCAACCGAAGCGAGGACGAUGGUCGACAUGCAGGCGCCGCCGAAGGGAUCGAAGAAGCGCAAGCAUGACGCCGACGCGGCGCCAAAGCGCGCCGCCACCAAGGCCAAGAAGGCGAGUGCCAAACCAACGCUGCCAGCGCCUCCCGGCACCGAGCCGCCGCCGAGCACUGCUGCCGCCGCGACCAAGAAGAUCCACAAGGGCGCGCCGCCCGAGGAAAGCACAACGUGCAUGCUGUGUAGCGCAAGCUUGAAGCUCAAGGACCUCCGGCAGCAUGUCGGAGCCCACAUGGCGUUUGAGGACUUUGGCGUCGUCCGCUGCGGCUUUUGCGGUCAAGACGACGGCAGCUGCGUGAUCUCGCUGACCGCGGGCACGUCAACCGUGACGGUGACGCCGGUACCGCAAGGCAACUGCCCGCGUUUCCGGAAAUUCUACGUCACGUCGGCGACCAAGAACCACAAGUGCACCAACAUCCCGCAGCAGUGCGCGCUCUGCAGCAAGUGGCUCUGGAAGUACACGCUGCGACAGCAUUACCGCGACUGCCACGGUGGCUUGGACGCAAUGACCGACGCCGACCUGGAGGCCACGACGCUCAGCCAGACCGAGCUCGACGGGCUCCUCAAGCUCGCAGGCGACAUUGCAGGUCGCAAGCGCAAGGCAGCGCCGACGUCGUCGCCCGAGCCGUCGUCGUGGAUCGAUGCGUUUGUGCCCCUCGAAGUUGAGCCCAACGUGUUUCUGGUCUAGUACAACACUCAACUCGUGGCCGGCCCAUUUGAUACCAUAGAUUAUUAACCAGCUAGUUAUCACUACGCUCAAGUUUUGACCCUCCUAGUAUUCUCUACCCUUCUUAAUCGGUGCGACCAGUCCCGAGAUAACCCUACCCCGC